GCUUUAAUUAAAGCUAUUUCCUCUCAGAUAGAGACAGAAAAGCAUUUAAUGAGGGAUGAAGCUUUUAGACAUUCUCAAAUCUCAACUCUCCCGGCGUGUCGGCAGUUACUAGCGAGUUUCUUGGUUACUCCAGAUUCUCCAUCUCCAACCUUAGUCACCGGAAAUCGUCUCUUAUCUUGGGUUUUCUGCAGAUUCCGGUAGCAUUUCCUGUGAAGCAGAGGAGAAUCUACCGGAGCUGCUACAAUACUCGUUACUCAACUUAGAGAUCGUAACUUUGCCGAUUUUGUCUUGUUUUCUUUCUGUUCCUUUCCAUUUGGGGCUCUUUUGAACUACGAAGGUUUGAAAAUGGUGGUUUUGCCUCUGCUUUGGGAAGUGAAGAGAGGGUUUCCUUGAACUGAAGAUUUCGAUUUUCUUCGCUCUUGUAUCUUCGAGCAGUUAUUGAAGAGGCAUUAGUAGUUGUAUUCGAAGAAGAGCUCAAGAAUCUUCUGAUUAUAAAGUUUUCCAUUGUUAAACCAGUCAUUUGAGCUCGAUUCUUCAGGAAAUCUCACUAUUUUUUUUUUUUUGGUUCUUCCGAGUUGGGAAAACAAAAAAUGCAAGAGUCAUUUUCCAUCCCCUGCUUUUAUUUAAGUAUCCACAGAACCGUACCGUUUGAUCAUUUUUAACCUCACGAAUCCUCACUGUCUAGCUCUUGAUGUCUCUAAAGCUUUUGGGCUUUUCAGGUGUUCGUUGGUGUAAGGUAUACUCUGUUUAUUUUUAUCUUAGAUUUGUCCAUCUCCGUAUCUUUCCUUCACAUUUGGCAGAUUCGAGUUGGGUUUACAACGAGGUUAUCUGAGUUCAACAAUGGCAGCGUAACAUUUUUUCUCUGAUAACGAUUAAAAUGAGAAAGCUACUUGAGUUUUUAGUCUUUCUCGCUCUAGUUCCAGCUUUUGUGAGAUCUGUGGAUCCAACUCUCAGCGACGACGUUCUUGGGUUGAUUGUUUUCAAGGUCGACGUCAAAGAUCCGGGCUUGAAGCUGAUAACUUGGAACGAAGAUGAUAACAGUCCGUGCAACUGGGUCGGCGUGAAAUGCGACCCUCGAACCAAUCGUGUCUCAGAACUUAAUCUUGAUGGGUUCUCCCUUUCCGGGCGGAUCAACCGAGGUCUCCUGCAACUUCAAUUUCUUCGCAAAUUGUCCCUCUCGAAGAACACUUUUACGGGGACCAUUAACUUCAGCUUAGCACGGCUUGAGAACCUUCAAAUUGUUGACCUGAGUGAGAACAAUUUCUCUGGGUUAGUACCAUAUGAGCUUUUUGGACAGUGUAGCUCUUUAAGAGUAGUUUCGUUUGCCACGAACAACUUGUCCGGAGAGAUCCCGCAGAGUUUCAGCUCAUGUUCCACACUGGCAGCUGUGAAUUUCUCCUCAAAUCGGCUCUAUGGUUCGCUGCCCUCUGGAAUCUGGUCUUUGAAUGGUCUUCGCUCACUUGAUCUGUCAGAUAAUUUGCUUGAGGGAGAAAUUCCGAAAGGUAUUGAAGGUCUGUAUAAUUUAAGAGCAGUCAAUUUAAGUAGGAACCAGUUUUCUGGGCAGUUGCCGGAUGGUAUUGGAGGUUGUUUUCUUUUGAAAUUGCUUGAUUUUAGCGAGAACUCUCUAUCAGGGAGCAUUCCAGAUUCAAUGCAGAAGCUUACUAAUUGCAAUUCUCUAAGUUUGAGUGGGAAUUCAUUUGUGGGAGAGGUUCCUACAUGGAUUGGAGAAAUGAGAAACCUUCAGACUUUAGAUCUUUCUGGUAACAGAUUUUCUGGCCAGAUUCCAGAUUCAGUGGGGAAUCUUCAGUCAUUGGAGGUAUUGAAUCUAUCUGGGAACAGGUUAACUGGGAGCUUGCCAGAGGCAAUGAUCAAUUGCAAAGCCCUUUCUUCUUCAGAUUUUAGCCGGAAUUUAUUAAAUGGUAGUUUACCAGCGUGGAUGUUUGGAACGGGUUUGCAGGUGGCUAUGCAGUCAGAGAAUAGACUGAUUGGAAAGAUAAAUGAUCUUUUCCCUUCAUCAGGGGAGACUUCCUUUCAAAAUCUACAUCUAUUGGAUUUAUCUGACAAUUUAUUUUCUGGUGAAAUUCCUGGAGAUAUUGGGGUUCUUAGCAACUUGCAAUACUUGAAUAUGUCCAUGAACUCUCUGGUUGGUGGUAUUCCAGCUAGCGUAGGUCAAUUAAAGGCUAUAAAUGUUCUUGACUUGAGUGGGAAUCGAUUAAAUGGAAGCAUUCCUUCUGAAAUUGGAGGCGCUAUUUCUUUGAAGGAAUUGAGGUUGGAGAAGAACUUCCUAGCUGGAAAAAUUCCAAACCAAAUUGCAAAGUGUUCGUUGUUAAUGUAUCUGAUUCUAUCACAAAACCAUCUCUCAGGCCCAAUCCCUGCAACCAUAGUGAACCUUAUUAACCUUCAAAUAGUUGACUUAUCCUUAAACAACCUGAUUGGACGUCUACCCAAGCAGCUUGCCGAUCUCCCUCAUCUUGUCUCCUUCAAUGUUUCCCACAACCAUCUCCAAGGCGAACUACCUCCUGGUGGCAUCUUCAACACCAUUUCACCCUCUUCAGUUUCUGGUAAUCCAUCCCUUUGUGGUGCUAUAGUCAACCGUUCAUGUCCUGGAGUCCUUCCUAAACCCAUUGUCCUAAACCCGAACUCAUCCUCCGACUCCUCGGUUGUAGGAUCCUUUUCUCCAAACCUCAGUCACAAGAAAACCAUCCUCAGUAUCUCUGCUCUAAUUGCCAUCGGUGCAGCUUCCCUCAUUGCCCUAGGUGUGAUUGCAGUCACUGUCCUCAAUCUUCGAGUUCGGGCCUCUACCACUCGUAAUGGAGGUGCAGCCGUCACAUUGUCAGGGGGUGAUGAUUUCAGCUAUUCCCCUACCACUGAUGUCAACUCUGGCAAGCUUGUAAUGUUCUCAGGUGAUCCUGACUUCAGCGCUGGGGCCCAUGCGCUGCUCAACAAGGACUGUGAGCUCGGUCGUGGUGGGUUUGGAGUUGUCUACAGAACGGUCCUACGAGAUGGUUCACCUGUUGCCAUUAAGAAGCUUACUGUCUCAAGCCUUGUCAAAUCCCAAGAAGAUUUUGAGAGGGAAGUUAAGAAGCUUGGGAAGAUCCGGCAUCAACAUCUUGUUUCACUUGAAGGCUAUUACUGGACUCCAUCACUUCAGCUCCUUAUUUAUGAAUUUGUAUCUGGUGGUAGUUUGUAUAAGCAUCUCCAUGAGGGAGCAGGUGGAAGCUUCCUCUCAUGGCACAAGAGGUUCAAUGUAAUUCUUGGUACCGCAAGGAGCUUGGCACACUUGCACCGGAUGAAUGUAAUCCACUAUAAUCUGAAAUCAAACAAUGUGCUGAUCGACAGUUCUGGUGAACCAAAGCUUGGAGAUUUCGGCUUGGCAAUGCUGCUUCCAAUGCUAGACCGUUUUGUUCUGAGUAGCAAGAUACAAAGUGCACUCGGCUACAUGGCACCUGAGUUUGCAUGUCCGACAGUGAAGAUAACUGAGAAGUGCGAUGUUUAUGGGUUUGGGGUCUUGAUCCUGGAGGUGGUGACAGGGAAACGGCCUGUGGAGUAUAUGGAGGAUGAUGUGGUGGUUCUUUGUGACAUGGUCAGAGGAGCAUUGGAGGAAGGCAGGGUGGAGGAGUGCGUGGAUAGAAGGCUGGGGGUUAAUUUUGUUGCAGAGGAGGCCAUUCUGGUAAUGAAGCUAGGUUUGAUCUGUACAUCUCAGGUGCCAUCAAACCGGCCAGAAAUGGCAGAGGUUGUUAAUAUAUUGGAGCUGAUCACAUGCCCUUCAGAAGGCCAGGAAGAACUGGGAUGAAUUUGACCAUACUUGAUGGAGAAGCAGUAAACCUGAUUUGAUUAUUUAGAUAAACAGUGGGGUUUUCCGGCGAAGAGGAAUCCGGUUUAUUAUCUAAUUUACACUAGAGUAGUGGAAAGAAGAAGAGCCUAAGCCAUAUCCAUUUAUGAUUCUUGUUUGGCUUAUUUAGGUUGUGUUUUGGGUUUCUGUUUGUAGUUUUCUUUCAGUUUCACUGUUAAAUUGACCGGAUUCCUUUUCACCGGGUGCUAUAUGCUACCCUAUAAGAUAUUGUUUCCGACUC